AUGGAUAGCAGGAAACUGUCCCCCCAGGGGAAGAAGCUGGAGUCGCACCUCUCCCAAGAGCACAGGCGGUCCCCACUGGGCCUGACAGCAGCCUGGGGCCAGCCCGGUAUGCAGAGCAGCGCUCAGCAGGGACUGCAGACUCAGGACUGGGUGUGCGAGCCGCCGGAGCGCAGGCGCCCGGGCCGCCACUGGAGCGUCAGCAUCGACGAGCGCCGGCGGCGGGCCAUGCUGGGCGGCCGGGAGAGGCCGGGCGCCGCCGGGGCCCCGCUACACUGCAGGGACAUCGUGCAGAUGGUAGCCCAGCUGGUGUCGGAGGACGUGGACAAGGACGUGCUCUUUCCCCACCCGCUGAGGUCCACCGAGUCCACCAACGCCUUCCAGGCCUUCCUGGCGCGGAGUGCGCCUUUCUGGCAUAAUGCGACUUUCGAGGCCUCGAGGUCACCCCCUUCCUAAGAGCCCGACUCAGCCCAUUGUCUUCCAGUGCCUUUCCUUGGGGGCCCAGGGUGGGGGCAGCCUCUGCGCCUUCUUUGUGCCCCACCAGGGGGUCACCACCCACCCAUGAUAGGAAAACAGGCCAGGCAGGACCUGGCUCCGGACAGCCUGCAACUCCUGAGGACUUGGAGACCGGGCUAGGGGCUAUGGGAGGCCAUCUAGGGGAGGGGAACACUGCCCCGGGUGAGUCUGAGAGGGCCCUGGCAAGGCCUGGGUAGCAGGAACUUGCCCUCGGGGCUGCUGGGAGGAGGCCUCGGGGUACCUGGGCCUGCCUGAGGUGCACUGGUGUCCUGGGAGGCCCCAGUGGCAGGCGCUGCCUGGAGAUUCAGCUCAUUUGCUGGCCUGCUCCGGGGAACUGGGUACCUGCCUGCACUAGGCUGUGAGAUGGGCCAGGCAGAGUUCUCCAGGGGGCGGGGUCUCACAUUGGGUCCUGCCUCUGAAGACCCAGAAGGGCACACGGGACCCCAGGGGUGCUGUGGUGGGGAGCCGCAAGCCCAGGGACCCAAUGCGGUGCCCAGCACAGAGGGAGGCUGUCUGGAGGCAGAGAUGCCUCCUGGCCUCUGGACAGCGAUGCUGGUGGUGGACGAGAUCCAAGAGGGUAGCCUGCGCAGGGGGUCUGAGCAACUGUGAGGAGCUGGCUGCAGCAGGGGCCUGUGGGCCAUGGUCCACUGGGUGACUGCCUCGUUUCCAGGCUGCAGGGCUCUCGGAAGGGUGCUGAGCCGGGGUAACAUGUCCCAGCUGCAUUUUGGGGACACUAAGUUGCAGGGGGGCUGGAUUGGGAGGCGGGGCUGGAGGGCUGUGAGCAUGCGUUCCCAGCCCGGGGUGGGUGGGGGUGGGGAAAAGGCCCUGGACUCCGUGACUGACUGUUAGGGUCCUGACUGGGUUUCUGUGGAGGUGGCUAGGUGAACGAGGCUUUGGUGGUGAUCACUCCUGGGCCCCGGGUGAGGGCAGGAGCUGGAUCUGUGCGGUGGCCUGGACCACCAGGCACACUGCAUGCUGGCUGUGCUGCCCGCCUGGCCUCUACCCCUCCCCUUCCCGCUGCUGAGAAGCCACCUGACUGCACUGCCAGCCAUCUGCUGCCCUGACACUGGAUCCCUGGCCCGAGUUGAAUCCUCUGCACCUGCCUGUCUCCCCUUCUUACUGUAAGACUCAGUGAAGUUCUCUCCUCCUUCAGGAAGCCUUCCAAGAUUACACAGCCAGGUGCCCCCUUUCUCUCCCAAGUCCUCUGAAUGUCUUUGGUGCACCCUAGGGAUCCUCUGCAUUUCUCAGGAGCCCUAGGGUAGGUGGAUGGAGGGCAGAUCUUCCAGGGGCUAGGGCAGGUGUCCUUAAGGGUGUGGGGAGUUUUGGGCAGGGCACUGGGGCCAUCAUGACCCACCUCCUCUGAGGCCCCUGAUGAUGAUGUGGGGAAUGGGAUCCUAUGGGCCCAGCUCCAUGCCAGGCAGGCAUCCCCAGGUGUAAACAGGGCAGAGUGGAGCUGACAGGUGAGCAGUUGCCAUGGGGGUGACGAGCUGGGCAGUCCUCUGUUGCUGAGUGGUUUUAAAGGACCACUCGUUGUUCUGGCACUUGGGGGCUGGCUGGGCUCAUCCCACCAGCUCUCCUGCUCUGGUUGUUAUGACUGUGACUUGGGGGUUGGCUGGGCUCAUCCUGCCAGCUCUCCUGCCCUUGUUUGAGUGUCUCCUGAGGCUGCAGUCAGAGUGUGGUGGUCCAGGACGCUGGUGAUGCUGGGAUGGUUGCCCUCUCUGCUCCAUGAGGUCUCCCUACAGAGCACCUCCCCCAUGAUGGCAGCAGAGACAAAACCCUGGCCUGCUUCAGGCUGAGGCCCAGAGCCAGUCUCCUGGUGGGUAAGGUGGCCACAGGGCCAGCUGGCAGCAGGGUAUUGGCACUGAGAGGCACAGGCCUCUCCAACAGAGGUGGUGCCGGGACGGGGCAGUGCCUGGAGACCGCUUAGGUUGUCACAACUGGGAUUUGUGUACUAGUUUUCUGUAGCUGCCAUAAAAAUUGCCACAAAUUCAGUAGGUUUGGUUUGUUUUUCUUUUUUUUUUUUUUUUUUUUUUUUUGGUGGUUGGGGCGGAGGCGGGGUGGGCU